UAUGUAACACUGAAAAAAUUACAAGAGUCCUUGGAAGCCAUAAAGAUUAGUUAUUUGACGUUUAACCACGUGGUUGUUGCUAAGCAACUCUAUAUAUCCACAAAAGCUUUAUCAAGAUUUUAAGCAGAAUAGUUUGAACACUUUCAUAGUUUUCCGUAUGAUUUUAACAAUAUUUAACUAUGGCAGACGACGUGAAGCCAGAAGUAAUAAAAAAAACGCAAGACUUACUUGGAAAAUAUUUUAAAAAGCCGCCAUUAACCGAAAAAUUAUUGAGGAAACCGCCCUUUAGAUUUCUUCAUGAUAUUAUAUCAAUUAUAAUAAAGGAAACCGGUUUCUUAGGAGGUUUGUUCACAGAAGAAGAAUUAAAUUCAGACAAUAUAAAAGAUAAGGAAUCAAAAGUAGCAUAUUUAACAAAACUUAUAGAUGUUGUUAAAUUAAUAUCUGGAAAUAAUCUAACAGUAAGAGCAAGUAAAAUAGUUUCUGGACAAGAAGCAACUAAAACAAAUGAACUUUUACAAGCUAUUGGAAAAGCUCUUGAUAAAAAAGUAAACAGUGCAGAAGCAAUUGAACAUUAUAAAAAAAGUUUACAAAAGAAAUCAAAAGGAGGAAUAAAAUCAAAAACAUCUAAAGAGGAUAUUGCUAAAAAACCAUCUAGGCAGGUAUCGCAAACAAGAAAAUCAACUGAAAAAGAAAAACAUCCAUCUGGAUUACAAAAGAAAGUUUCUAGUGUAGGAAAAGUUGAAUCAAAGACAAAAGAAGAAAGUAAUCAAGAAAGUAGUAACAAUAAAAAUAGCAAUAUAGUAGAACAAGAAAUUCAAGAGAAUAAUAUUGGAAAGAGUAAUGAUAUAGAUAUUCCAUCAGCGCCACUUGAAGAUGAAUUAUCUUCCACAACACAAAAAAUAAAACAUUCUUCUGCUACCAAACAGAAACAGGAUCAUAUAUCUUCCAUGGUUCCUACAGAAGUACAAACAGGCAAACUUCCAGCAAAUAUAAAUACAGAUAAGAAAUCAGAGGAACACAUUCAGAAAAAGGAAUCUGUAAAUAAAACAAAACGAGUGCUAUCAAAGCAAGGAAGUGAGUCUAAAGAAUCAAUAAAAAUAUCAGAAACAAUAUCUACAAGAAAAAAAUCAAUAGAGACUACAGAUAAGGAAAAGUCACAAACAGAAUAUGAAUCAACAUAUGGAAAUAUAAGUGAUGAUUUGCAGCAAACAGAACAUGAGAAUUCAAUUAUUCUUGCAUCAAAUAUACAGAAACAUAAAUUUAAUAAUGAACAAGAACAAAAUAUGACCAAAUCAAGAACAUUGUUACGUCCACCUACUGUUAGACCAAGUAGUGCAAGACCUGCUGCUCCUAAAAUGAAAGGAAAAACUGACAUGAUUCUUAAUGAAGAAAUAAGUACACCUAUGGGAAACAUUAGUGUGAUAAUUGAAAAUGCAAAUAUAAAAGACAAUGAUAAUGAAGAUAUGGUGAUUGUAGAAAACAAAGGAAACAUUGGAACAACUUUAGAGAAUAUUAGCAAUUAUAAAAUUGACCAUGAAUUAACUCAAGAACAUGGGCAUCUCGUGGCACAAAUUUUGGAGACUCAAAGAGAAUUAGUCAAUACUGAUAAUGUUGAUGUUUUACCAAAGAAAGUUGAUAUUGCAUGGGAGGCGGGUACAAAACGCGAUCACGAGGCAGCGAUUAAGGAAAUUGAUAAAUUACGCGGUACGAUACAGUCGUUAACUCGUGCAACAAAUCCUUUAGGGAAAUUAUUAGAUUACUUACAGGAAGAUAUUGAAAUGAUGCAAAAGGAAUUACAUGAUUGGAGAAGUCAGUAUAAUCAACUAAGCAAACAGUUGGAAAAGGAACAAAUGCGUACGCAAGAGAUAAUAGAUCCAAUGCAGAUGACAUUAAAAGAAAUUGACAAUAAUAUUCAGGACCAAUUAAAUAAAAUUUAUCAAGCAAAAGCAAGAAUAAUAAAAAAUAACCAAAAAAUACAAAGAUUAUUAAAUGGUGACGUAUAA